AAUCACAAAGCAGCAAUGCACUCGCUACGGUUUCUGAGUGCUGAAGUUCUGGUAUCUAAGGGGCAGUUGGUAAGGCAGAACCUGAGCCAUCUUGCGCACAACCUCUUCCCUCUUCUUUUUAAGGCAAGCUACUUACAGGAGCAGGUGGAGGUGAUUCAUGACCUGGUGGAGAACUGGCCACUGGCCGAAUUCAAUGUUGGAAAGUUACUGGGAAAGACAGCUGAUCACCCAGAAGACAUCAGUAACCGAGCCUGUUCUCUGUGCCUGACCAGCUGCCUAGCUGGUUUGAAGGACUAUGUUUUGAAUUUCUCAUCACCCUAUGCGAAACGACUCAAAACCGUGGACUUAACAGGCAUAAAGGAUGUUGAAGUUCAACUCUGCCCCUGUAGAAAAACAAUGGGACGGUGGGCCCGGACAGAACUUCUCUCAAGGACCUGCUAUGACCUGCUGGUGGACAUGCAAAACUCGCCCUUCCUUCCUGAUGUGUUUGAAGUCUCUGUGGAUGUCUAUGCCGACAUCUUUGUUACUGAACGAAACUAUGAGUUAGUUGUCCAGGCACUGCUAAUGAGGUGUCACUGCCCACUCAAAAUCCGCUGCAAAGCCUUCCGAGUGGACAAUCUGGCUCUACGGAAGCUCUUCUACAUCAUAAAGCUUACGGAGCCCUCUUCCCUGGGCAAGUUUGAAGUAGUUCACAAUGUUAGGCUCCAUAUGGAACAUUUGCAAGUGCUUUUUAAUAACGUCCAGUUUCCUAAACUGGCAUCACUCACACUGCCAGCUGGGACCUUUGAUGUGAGAAGGCUCACACCAGAGGAUGAAGACAUUCUUUCAGGAAUUGCGGAAAAGAUGAGCCAAAUGACUCAGCUGACGGAGUUGAGCCUGGCAUUUUCCACCCUCACCGGACGGCUCCGUAAACUGCUCAGUCCUUUGAAGACACCGCUGAAAAUGCUGGAUGUUUCCAACUGUUCUCUGAACCAUCCUGACAUGGCUUAUUUAGCCAACAGCCUGCAUUCUGAGAAUCUAGAAGCUCUUGAUAUCAGUGGACAUGAUGUGGCUGAUUUGUACCCAUCAACCUUCUUCAAACUCCUGAACCGUUCGUCUUAUACACUGAAAAGCCUCACACUUGAGGAAUGCAACAUUCAGGACAUUCAUGUCAACAUGCUGAUUUUGGGGUUGAUUCCUUGUCACAAAUUAGAGGAGCUAAAGUUCCUUGGAAAUCCUCUAUCUUCUCGAGCCUUGAAAUGCCUUUUUAAUGUUUUCAUUGAUUUUCCAAAGCUGAAAUAUAUCGAAUUUCCGGUUCCGAAAGAUUGCUAUGCAAGCAACAUCAGUUACCCAAUUGGGGAAAGUGAUCUUUCGAAAUUUGACCACCAGAAAUAUGAGAGAAUAGUCGAAGAUCUUCAUAUGAUUUUUUUGCAAGCAAAGCGGGAAGACAUCAAGGCUUCUACGCCCCUCUAUGGAGGGUAUGAUGCUGCAAUUCAGGAAACAGGAAAUGAACUAGGAAUUUCUUUGUUGAAGUCAUUCCAAGAUGCCCUACAAAAUUUCAGCGUGGCCCUUAAGGAAAUGAGCUGAAGUUUGAAGCUGAAGUGUAUGUAAACGAAAUAUGAGCACAUAGGGAGAAUUGAAAAGGGUUUGUGGUACCCUCAAACUCAUAUCGUGGUCACCUUAUGGUUGUUCUAUAACCAUCCCCUUUGAUACUGGUUUGACCUUCCAAUAUCUUCAUUUCUUGAGAAAAUUCAGACAUACAUACUAAAAAUAAGAUAAAUCACAAAUCUAUAAAAAAAGUAUGCAUGGACAUAGUGACACCCAUCUGUUCCCUAUUACACAAUGCAGUGUUGUUGGGCAGGCACUCUGUUUAGGGAAUUCCAGAGCAAGCAUACAGUAAAUGCAAAACUGCAACCCACAUUGCAUCCUUCCUCAUUUAUUUUUAUAGAUAUUUUGGCAAGAAAUUGAAGCCCUCAUUGACAAAUAAAAUAUCUGAUAUGGAUGCUAAAUAGAUGAUGGUUUCAGAAUACUUCGACAUAUGGUACUUACUAUUUUAAGGUCAUGAGCCAACCUGAGAUUUCACAGUGUCUAUGCAUUCAAUACUAAGGUGAGAUAUUCCUGCCAGUCUCUCUUCUUUUUAAUUUGUGGAAUGGACAUCUUAUCCUAGACUGCCCAGUCUACCCAGUUUGUCCAAGAGAACGUGAUUCAAUUAAAUGAUUUCUAUGCAUGUAUGAGUUAGGGAAAUGACUACCACUCUCUAAUUUUCAAUGUUUUUCUUAGUAUAUCAGAUGUUAAGUGCCACAUAUGACUGAGUUAUACACAAGAAAUAUAGACUAUAUAUAUUUUUGCCGGAUUUUGCCUGACAGUAUAUUUGAUAAUAACUACAGAGAAGUAACAAGUUUAUCGAAAUGCGUUUUUCUCUUAGAGUUCUUAUUCUUCUACUUCGCUUCUCAUUUUCUUGCCCU